AUGACCAUUAUUUUGAGGUUUGUUGAUUGUCAAGGUAUUAUUCGAGAACAGUUUUUUAAGAUUGUGAGUGUUCCUAACACUACCUCACAAACUCUUAAAGAUGAGAUUUCUAAAGUAUUUACUAUGUACAAUCUUCAAGUGAGAAAUAUGCGUGGUCAAGGAUAUGAUGGUGCUAGCAAUAUGAGAGGUAUUUAUAAUGGGUUACAAGCACUGUUUCUUCAAGAGUGUCCUUAUGCUUAUUAUGUGCAUUGUUUUGCUCACCGCUUGCAAUUGACAUUGAAUGCUACAGCUAAAGGGGUGUAUGAGAUUUGGCAAUUUUUUUCAACUCUAAGUUUAAUUGUGAAUUUUGUUGAUUCUUCUGCUAAGCGUCAUUCUGCAUUACAAGCUGUGAGAAAGGAAGAAAUUGCAGAUUUGGUAGCUUGUGGCCAACUUCAAACAGGUACUGGUGCUAAUCAAGUCUAUACUUUGCAACGAGCUACUGCUACACGCUGGAGCUCACAUUUUCGUUCAAUUAAGAGUUUGAUUGAAUUGUUUAGUUCAAUAAAAAAAACUCUUAAUGAUAUGAUUGAGCAAGGACCCGUGGAAUUGCAAGGAGAAGCUGUGGCUGUUCUUAAAGCUAUGAUGUCUUUUGAUUUUGUGUUCUGCUUGCUUCUAAUGCACAAAUUGAUGAAAAUUACUAAAGUUCUUUGUCAGAUAUUGCAGCGAAAAUCUCUUGACUUCGUACAUGCUAUGAAGUUUGUUGGAAAUACAAAAUCAUUUCUUCAAGAGAUGAGAGAAGAAGGCUGGGAUGACUUGGUAAGAAAUGUUGAAACUUUUUGUGAAAAGCAUGAUAUUGAUAUGCCUGAUAUGAAUGCUCGUUAUAAGGAUGGUACAGGUCGUCGUUGCCAACAAAGAGAUUUCAUUACAAUUGAGCAUCAUUACCAUAUAGAUGUCUUCAAUGCUUUAAUUGAUUUUCAGUUGAGUGAGUUGAAUAGAAGAUUCUCAGACCAAACAUCUGAACUUCUUAUACUUAGCUCAACCUUGGAUCCUCGUGAUAACUUCAGAAAUUUUAAAACUGAAGAUGCAUGCAAUCUUGCAAAGAAGUUUUAUCCUGAAGAUUUUGUUGAUAGUGAAAUGUUUGCUCUAGAAUUAGAGUGUGCAUUUUAUGAGAAAGAUAUGCGUAGUGAUCCAAAGUUCCAGAAUUUGGAAUCCAUUUCUGAUUUGUGCAGAAUGUUGGUUCAAACAAGGAAGUCAGAAUUUUUCCCUAUGCUUUAUAGAUUGAUUUGUCUAGUUCUGACUAUUCCUGUUUCUACGGCGACCACUGAAAGAGCAUUUUCAGCUAUGAACAUCAUUAAGAAUAGACUUAGAAACAAGAUGGAAGAUGAGUUUCUUGGUGAUUGUAUGGUCCUUCAUAUUGAGAAGGAAUAUGCUGAAUCUAUUGACAAUGAAUCGGUGAUCAAAGAGUUUGAAGCUUGUGGAACUCGUAGAGUUAGAUUUAGGUAG